AUGGGAGUUUUGAGAAGUGAGUUUAUGUCUCACGGCACUCUUGUGCUACCUCACGAGUGGGCGAGAGAUUAUGUAGAUUUACUCGGUCAUAAGACUCAAAUUAUGUUUGAGGAUAUGAACUCUUCUGUUAUGCAGAGGCCUUAUCGCCGCUAUAUUCAGCGCAUUGAGGAGAUGGAGCGUAUGGUUCGUUUCCUGAGCAAGGAGGUUGAGAACAUGCCCAAUGUCGAGGUCAGCAAGAACCGUAUCGAUGACUUCUUGGACCACGACGAUGAGUUCACCCUUGAUUCGCUUGAGGCCGAGGUCAAGAGAGUCUAUGAGAGGUUCUGCCGUUUCCACAGUAACAAUGAGGAGAUGACCGAUGAGCUUGAGGCCGCUGUUGAAGAGCUCAAUGUUGUUAAGGACAGCAUUUCAACUGGGUUCCUCGCUGCAGGAGAGGGCCUGAGUCAACCUCUCCUUGAGGGCGAGCCCACUGGCCAAGGUUCUCGCCGUAGAGAAGAUCACAUGCAGUUCUCUAACAUUGCUGGUGUUGUGAAGAUGGAGGAUCAGGAGAGCUUUGCCAGAACGGUGUUCCGUGCUACUCGUGGUAACACCUUCACUCAGUUCGUGGAGAUCCCUGAUACUCGCAAGAGCGUCUUCGUCAUCUACUUCCAGAGCACUACUGCGGCUUCGGCUAUGUCGGCUAAGGUUCACCGUAUUUGCAGUGCUGUUGGUGUCCACAUCUAUCAGUGGCCUUCAUGUAAGGAUGAGGCUAUGCAGAGGAUCGCUGAUCUCGAGACUGUCAUUGCUGAUAAGCGUCGUGCUCUCGCUGGUUUCUCCAAGUACACCCUUGACGAGGCACGCAGUCUGUUGGAGCCUAUCCGUAUGGGAGGCAACUCUCGUAUUGAGGAGUGGAGGCUAUUCUGCAUCGAGGAAAGGAGUAUCUAUGCUACUCUCAACCUGUUUGAGGGGUCUGUCUCGAUGAGAUGUGAUUGCUGGUAUCCGACCAAGGAUAAGGAUUCUAUUCGUGAAGUGCUUGCAAGCUCCGGUUUGGCUGCUUCGGCUAUGCUUAUUGAUGAUGAACAUGAUCCUAAGACGGCAGCUCCUACCUAUACGAGAAAGAACGAGUUCACUGCUGCUUUCCAAUCUCUUAUUGAUACCUACGGUACUCCUCGUUAUCAGGAGUUCAACGCUGGUGUUGUGAGUAUCAUCACUUUCCCCUUCAUGUUCGGUUUAAUGUAUGGUGAUGUUGGUCAUGGUACUUUGCUCACCUGCUUUGCUCUCUGGGCUGUGAAGAAUGCUAAGAAGUGGAAGUACAGUGAUGAUGAGAUGGUCCAGGGCUUGGUGUACUCACGAUACCUCAUUCUCUUCAUGGGCCUCUUUGCCAUCUAUGCUGGUUGCUUGUAUAACGAUCUCCUCGGUGUUGGUAUUCACUGGUUCGGUACUUCCCGUUACGAGGAUCCCGCUGAAUACGGUCAUGCUUCGUUGUUUGAAAUGAAGCCCAAGGCUUGGUUCGACACCCUCAACACUGGCGAGGGUAGCGGUCCUUAUCCCUUUGGUAUUGAUCCCGCAUGGCAUAACUCCACCAACGAGCUUCUGUUCAUGAACUCCCUGAAGAUGAAGUUAUCUGUGUUGUUCGGUGUCAUCCAAAUGAUAUUUGGUGUUUGCAUCAAGUUCAGCAACGAUACGUACUACCGUGAUGCUCUGGACUGGAUCACCGUGUGCAUCCCCCAGAUGGCCUUCAUGAUCUGCUUCUUUGGUUACAUGGACUGGAUGAUCAUGUAUAAGUGGGUUACCCCUGUUACUCAGGACCCUACCCUCAACGGUGCCCCCUCUCUGAUUAACACCUUGAUCUCGUUCGGUCUCGGCCAAGCUGAUAAGCAGCCCUUGUACGCCGGUCAGUUCACCAUCCAGAAAUGGUUCAUGAUAAUCAUUCUCCUUUCAUUGCCUCUGAUGCUGCUACCCAAGCCGAUCAUCAUCUCCAUUGAGAGAUCGUACAAGGCUAAGAAGGCCGCCCGUCAGGCCGCUAUUGCUCAGCAAGAUGUCGAGGCUCAGUCUCUCCUCCCUAAGGAUGAUAAGGAGGCUGAGGAGCCUACGGAGCCUGGUAUGGAUGAGGUCUGGAUCUACCAGAUGAUCGAGACCAUCGAAUACGUUCUUGGUUGCGUAUCCCAUACUGCGUCAUACCUCCGUAUUUGGGCUCUUUCCUUGGCACAUCAGCAGCUUUCCGUGGUGUUCUUCCAGAUGAUCAUGCAGGGUUCUCUCGAGUCCACUGGUGCCCUCAGCCCUAUCUUCAUCUACUGCGCUUUCGCCGUUCUUUUUGGUAUCACCUUGGGUGUCCUUAUGUUCAUGGAUGUCUUGGAGUGUACUCUUCAUACCUUGCGUCUGCAUUGGGUGGAGUUCAUGUCCAAGUUCUACAUGGGUGAUGGUUAUCCCUUCGUGCCUUAUCGCCACUUUGACAUCAUCAAGGACGAGCUUCAGGGUUAG